GGGCUGGGCGACGUGGCCGAGGUGCGGAAGAGCUUCAACCGGCAUCUGCACUUCACGCUGGUCAAGGACCGCAAUGUGGCCACUCCGCGCGACUACUUCUUCGCGCUGGCGCACACGGUGCGCGACCACCUGGUGGGCCGCUGGAUCCGCACGCAGCAGCACUACUACGAGCGUGACCCCAAGCGUAUCUAUUACCUUUCCCUGGAGUUCUACAUGGGCCGCACGCUUCAGAACACCAUGGUGAACCUGGGCCUCCAGAACGCAUGUGAUGAAGCCAUCUAUCAGCUGGGGCUGGACUUGGAAGAGCUGGAGGAGAUAGAAGAGGACGCCGGCCUGGGGAACGGAGGCCUGGGCCGCCUGGCUGCCUGUUUCCUCGAUUCAAUGGCCACCCUGGGUCUGGCAGCUUAUGGCUAUGGGAUCCGCUACGAGUUUGGGAUUUUCAACCAGAAGAUCGUCGAUGGCUGGCAGAUGGAAGAGGCAGAUGACUGGCUGCGCUAUGGCAACCCCUGGGAGAAGGCCCGGCCUGAGUACAUGCUGCCUGUGCAUUUCUAUGGGCGUGUGGAGCACACGGCCGAGGGUGUGCGGUGGCUGGACACACAGGUGGUGCUGGCCAUGCCCUAUGACACCCCAGUGCCUGGCUACAAGAAUAACACGGUCAACACCAUGAGGCUCUGGUCCGCCAAGGCACCCAGCGACUUCAAACUGCAGGACUUCAAUGUCGGGGACUAUGUCCAAGCCGUCCUGGACCGGAACCUGGCGGAGAACAUCUCCAGGGUGCUGUACCCCAAUGACAACUUCUUUGAGGGCAAGGAGCUGCGGCUGAAGCAGGAGUACUUCGUGGUGGCUGCCACACUGCAGGACAUCAUCCGCCGCUUCAAGUCCUCUAAGUUUGGCUGCCGUGACCCUGUGAGGACCAGUUUUGAGACUUUCCCGGACAAGGUGGCCAUCCAGCUGAAUGACACCCACCCAGCCCUUUCCAUCCCCGAGCUUAUGCGGAUCCUGGUGGACGUGGAGAAGGUGGAUUGGGACAAGGCCUGGGAGAUCACCAAGAAGACCUGCGCAUACACUAACCACACAGUGCUGCCUGAGGCCUUGGAGCGCUGGCCAGUGUCCCUGUUUGAGAAGCUGCUGCCACGGCACUUAGACAUCAUCUAUGCCAUAAACCAGAGGCACCUGGAUCAUGUGGCUGCCCUGUUUCCUGGGGAUGUGGACCGCCUGAGGAGGAUGUCUGUGAUCGAGGAGGGUGACUGCAAGAGGAUCAACAUGGCCCACCUGUGUGUGAUCGGGUCGCAUGCAGUGAAUGGCGUGGCACGCAUCCACUCUGAGAUCGUGAAGCAGUCUGUCUUCAAGGAUUUCUAUGAGCUGGAACCAGAGAAGUUCCAGAACAAGACCAACGGCAUCACCCCUCGUCGGUGGCUGUUGCUGUGCAACCCAGGGCUUGCAGAGGUCCUUGUGGAGAGAAUUGGGGAGAGCUUCGUCACGGACCUCAGCCAGCUACGCAAGCUGCUACCACUGGUCAGCGAUGAGGCCUUCAUCAGGGAUGUGGCCCAGGUCAAGCAGGAAAAUAAGCUGAAGUUUGCUGCCCUCCUGGAGAAGGAGUACAAGGUGAAGAUCAACCCCUCCUCCAUGUUUGACGUGCAUGUGAAGCGCAUCCACGAGUACAAGCGGCAGCUGCUCAACUGUCUGCACAUCAUCACCCUCUACAACCGAAUAAAGAAAGACCCAGCUAAGGCCUUUGUACCCCGGACUGUGAUGAUUGGGGGCAAGGCAGCUCCUGGCUACCACAUGGCCAAGAUGAUCAUCAAGCUGAUCACGUCUAUCGGCAGUGUUGUCAAUCAUGAUCCAGUUGUGGGUGACAAACUUCGAGUGAUCUUUCUAGAGAACUACCGCGUGUCCCUGGCCGAGAAAGUGAUCCCAGCUGCCGACCUGUCACAGCAGAUCUCCACUGCAGGCACCGAGGCCUCAGGCACUGGCAACAUGAAGUUCAUGCUCAACGGGGCACUCACCAUUGGCACCAUGGAUGGUGCCAAUGUGGAGAUGGCUGAGGAGGCAGGCACGGAGAACCUCUUCAUCUUCGGUCUGCGGGUAGAGGAGGUCGAGGCCCUGGACCGAAAAGGGUAUAAUGCCAGAGAGUACUACGAGCGCCUGCCUGAGCUAAGGCAGGCCAUGGACCAGAUCAGCAGCGGCUUCUUUUCCCCCAAGGACCCAGAGUGCUUCAAGGACGUGGUCAACAUGCUGAUGUACCAUGACAGGUUCAAGGUGUUCGCAGACUAUGAAGCCUAUGUGCAAUGCCAGGCGCGGGUGGAGCAGCUGUACCAGAACCCCAAGGAGUGGACCAAAAAGGUCAUCAGGAACAUCGCUUGCUCGGGCAAGUUUUCUAGUGACCGAACCAUCACUGAGUAUGCGAGGGACAUCUGGGGUGUGGAGCCCUCUGAUCUGCAAAUCCCACCCCCCAACAUCCCUAAGGACUAGGUGCCCCUCAAGGUGGGGCCGAGGGCUUUUGUUGGGCUGAGUUUGCACAUCAUGCCAACAUUUAAGCACUUUGCCAGCAGUCAGAGGUCCCUGCUUUUCUCCAUGCUGUGUUCCCUAGAGGGGCUAAGGGGUGGUUUUGA